GAAUGCAUUUCGAGCGCAGCCCUGUUCAGAUUUUCUGGUCUCGCGGAGCAUCAACGAUGGCUGCGCGAAAUCAUUUCGGGAUCCCAUAAUAUGCACCCGACUGACAAGACGAGGAAAAGGGUACAGACGGACCAGUCUCAAAAUGACCACCGGCUUCAGCUCGAAUUCCUGUCGAUUCGCAGAUUAUUUUGUAAUCUGCGGACUCGACACUGAAAGCGGGCUUGAACCUGACGAACUGUCCGCUUUAUGCCAGUAUAUAGAGGCUACUAAAUUCAGAGAUGGGGCCAGAGGGAACUUGGCGAGUGCGGAAGAAGGUGAGAAUUUUGAGCAGAGUCCCCUGCGGAGAACCUUCAAAUCCAAAGUUCUAGCGCACUACCCCGAGAACGUGGAGUGGAGUCCCUUUGACCAGGAUGCCGUCGGCAUGCUGUGUAUGCCAAAAGGGCUGUCGUUCAGGACGCAGGUGGACCUGCGCGAGCCCCAGUUCCACUCCUUCAUCAUCACCCGGGAGGACGGCUCGCGCACCUACGGCUUCGCCCUCACCUUCUACGAGGAGGUGACCAGCAAGCAGAUCUGCAGCGCCAUGCAGACCCUCUACCACAUGCACAACGCCGAGCAGUACGACAUCCUGCACACCCCCGCCUCCCCGCGCGGCCUCCCGCCCCGCCCCCUCGCCCACCCCGCGCUGCACGCCGCGCCCGCCAUCUCCCGCCUGCAGCGCUUCAACUCCUACGACAUCAGCCGCGACACCCUCUACGUCUCCAAGUGCAUCUGCCUGAUCGCCCCCAUGGCCUUCCCCCAGGCCUGCCGGAAGAUCCUGCAGCAGCUCCACCGGGCCGUCUCCUCCCCGCAGCCCCCGCCCCUCCCCCUGGAGAGCUACGUCUACAACAUCCUGUACGAGGUGCCCCUGCCGCCCGCCGGACGCUCCCUCAAGUUCUCGGGCGUGUACGGCCCCGUGGUGUGCCAGCGGCCCAGCACCACGGAGCUGCCCCUCUUCGACUUCCCCGUCAGAGAGGUGUUCGAGCUGCUGGGCGUGGAGAACGUGCUGCAGCUGUUCACCUGCGCCCUUCUGGAGAUCCAGAUCCUGCUCUACUCCCAGCACUACCAGAGGCUGAUGACGGUGGCGGAGAGCAUCACAGCCUUGAUGUUCCCGUUCCAGUGGCAGCACGUGUACGUGCCCAUCCUGCCCGCCUCGCUGCUGCACUUCCUGGACGCCCCCGUGCCUUACAUGAUGGGCCUGCACUCCAACGGCCAGGACGACCGCACCAAGCUGGAGCUGCCGCAGGAGGCCAACCUGUGUUUUGUGGACAUUGACAACCACUUCAUCGAGCUGCCCGAGGACCUGCCUCAGUUCCCCAACAAGCUGGAGUUCAUCCAGGAGAUCUCCGAGGUCCUCAUGAACUUUGGGGUCUCUCCUGAAGGCAGCCUGCGCUGCAGCGAGGGCCCCGCCAAGACCAAAGGCUUCCGCUCCAUCGACGCGGUGACCGACAAGCGCAACGGGAACCUGGCGGGUUCGCCCCUCAACUCCUACCUGCUGCGGGAGAACGAGACCAUCGCCAGGCUGCAGGCCCUGGUGAAGAGGACUGGAGUCAGCCUGGAGAAGCUGGAUGUGAAGGAUGACGCCAGUGGGAACAAGGACCCGAGGGCCCAGUGUGACGAGGAGGAGCUGAAGAUGCACCAGCUCAACAUCCAGGUGCGGGAGGUCUUCUCCAACCGCUUCACCCAGAUGUUCGCCGACUACGAGGUGUUCGUCAUCCAGCCCAGCCAGGACAAGGAGUCCUGGUUCAGCAACCGGGAGCAGAUGCAGAACUUCGACAAGGCCUCCUUCCUGUCCGACCAGCCCGAGCCCUACCUGCCCUUCCUGUCCCGCUUUCUGGAGACCCAGAUGUUCGCCUCCUUCAUCGACAUCAAGAUCCUUUGCCACGACGACGAGGACAAGGAGCACACGCUGAGGGUGUUUGACACGCGCGUCGACAAGAUCCGCAUGCUGAACGUGCGCACGCCCACCUUGCGCACCUCCAUGUACCAGAAGUGCACCGGCAUCGACGAGGCUGAUAAACACCUUAAAAAGCGGUAUGAGAAAGUCGAUUUUGUCGCUCCUGAACCUCACCCCAUUGGUCUAGGGAGCCACAAUGACGAACCUAAGAAGGCCAUUGAGAUGCGUAUGAUGAAGAUCGACCACACGGCCCUCCACCCCCACCUUCUGGACAUGAAGAUCGGCCAGGGCCGCUACGAGCAGGGCUUCUUCCCCCGGCUGCAGGCUGACGUGCUCUCCACCGGCCCCACCAGCAACAAGUGGGCUAAGCGGAGCGCCCCGGCUCAGUGGAGGAGGAAGGACAGACAGAAGCAGCACGCUGAACACUUGUACCUGGACAACGACCAGCGAGAGCAUGUGGAGUGCCUCCAGCUCCUGCUGUUUCUAGACUACUACUGGCUGUCCCAGUCCUUCAAGCCCUGUCUAAAGUCCGUCACUGUCGAUGUGAAGUACAUCCAGGAGGCCAGGAACCUGGGCACCACCAUCAGGCAGCCCAAGCUGUCCAACCUCUCCCCCUCGGUCAUCGCCCAGACCAACUGGAAGUUUGUGGAAGGCCUGCUGAAGGAGUGCAGGAACAAGACCAAGCGUAUGCUGGUGGAGAAGAUGGGACGGGAGGCGGUGGAGCUGGGCCACGGCGAGGUGAGCAUCACAGGUGUGGAGGAGAACACCCUCAUCGCCAGCCUCUGUGACUUGCUGGAGAGGAUCUGGAGCCACGGGCUGCAGGUCAAACAGGGUAAAUCAGCCCUGUGGUCCCACCUGCUCCACUACCAGGAGAGCAAGGAGAAGAAGGAGGUCACACCUGGGUGUCUGGGUCCCCCAGGUCUCAUCCACAACACAGAGAGACGUAAAUCGGACGCUGGCUCGGCCAUGCCGCCCCUCAAGGUCUCCCUGAUCCAGGAUAUGAGGCACAUCCAGAACAUCGGGGAGAUCAAGACGGAUGUGGGCAAGGCCAGGGCGUGGGUGCGCCUCUCCAUGGAGAAGAAGCUGCUCUCCAGGCACCUCAAGCAGCUGCUGUCCGACCACGAGCUGACCAAGAAACUCUACAAGCGUUAUGCUUUUCUGCGCUGCGACGACGAGAAAGAGCAGUUCCUCUACCACCUCCUGUCCUUCAAUGCCGUGGACUACUUCUGCUUCACCAAUGUCUUCACCACCAUCAUGAUCCCCUAUCAUGUGCUGGUGAUCCCCAGCAAGAAGCUAGGGGGGUCCAUGUUCACAGCUAACCCCUGGGUGUGUGUGUCGGGGGAGCUGGCUGAAACUGGGGUGCUCCAGGUCCCCAAGAACACACUGGAGAUCACCUUUGAGUGCCAGAAUCUGGGCAAGCUGACUACAGUUCAGAUGGGCCAUGAUAACUCAGGGCUGUACGCCAAGUGGCUGGUAGAGUGUGUCAUGGUCCGAAAUGAGAUCACUGGCCAUGCUUACAAAUUCCCCUGUGGCCGGUGGCUGGGUAAGGGGGUGGACGAUGGCAGUUUGGAGAGGAUCCUAGUGGGAGAGCUGAUCACCCCCAGCACGGAGAACGACGAGCGCAUGUGUCGCACCCCCCCCAUGCAGCAGUCCCCCGGCAUGAUGAGGAGGUUUGUCACCAUCUCACCAAACAGCAAACCAAAGUUGAACACAGGUCAAAUACAGGAGGGGGUAGGCGAGGCCAUCAAUGGGAUUGUGAAGCACUUCCACAAGCCAGAGAAGGAGAGGGGAAGUCUGACUCUUCUGCUAUGUGGGGAAUAUGGCCUGGUCUGGGCUUUGGAGCAGGUGUUUCAGCAUGGCUUCAAGUCACCACGCCUCUUCAAGAAUGUCUUCAUUUGGGACUUCUUAGAAAAAUCCCAAGGGUACUUUGAGAGUGCAGAGCAGCGGGAGGUGACUCCAGAUGAGAACUGGCAGACCCGAGUUCGUCAUUUCUGUCGCUUUAUGCGUGCCAUCAACAGUACGUCCAGAAACAUAGGCAAAGAUGGAAAGUUCCAGAUGCUUGUCUGCCUGGGUGCCAGGGACCAUUUACUGCACCACUGGAUCGCUCUGCUCGCCGACUGUCCAAUCACAGCCCAGAUGUAUGAGGACACUGCUCUGAUUAAAGACCACUCAUUGGUGAAUUCUCUGAUCAGAGUGCUGCAGACUUUACAGGAGUUCAACAUCACCUUGGAGGCUUCGCUUGUCAAAGGCGUUGGUGUCUAGCCAUCUGGACCUGACCCAGGACACUGUUGGGGACCACUAAGAGUUUAUUUAACCUUUUUUUAUGUGGAAAGAGACUUGAACAAAGGAGAUUUCUGGCUUAUAUUAAAGCUACUGUUACAUUUAUCAUAUAUGAAGUGCAAUGAGCCUUUCAAAAUGUGUUAUUUUUUAUCCUCAACAAUGUUGCUGUUAGAUGUUAAAAGUAUGUUUUCUAUUAUGAUCCAUGAUUUCCACAUUGUUGAAGAUAAUAACCCGCCUGUGCUAAGCUGUUAUAUUGAAAGCUAAAUAUUUUCAUUGUUAUUGUGAACUGCAGACAAUGGCUAUAUUUAAAAUGGAAAACAAGGAACAAAAACUGUUAAUAUAUUUUCGACGAAGAACAGUAUUAUUUUGAUAUGUCUGUCAAGUUGCUUGCUCUGUUGUCAAUAUAAUUCCAAUGUCAUAAUGCAGAGCUUGAAGCAAAUGAGUAGAAGUAUGCUUUAUAAGUAUAUAUAAUGACAAGAGAGAUUUGUUCUGCUGUGUGAACAACUGAUUCACCUACAUCGACACAACAGUGUUCGAUGUUAGGUCAUUCCUUGGGAAGUACAGUAGUAUGCAAAUCUUUUCUUUGGAUUAACAAGGCCUGGGGUGGUCCUCCCAAGAAGACAAUGUAACUGAUAUGCUCGUGAUGCACAAUUGUUUUCAAUUUGAGGAGCAAAAGGCCUUUGUUAUUGUUUCACAUGUGACUCUCAAGCAGUUAUCCUAGCCAUUGUUUGGUGAAAAGUGACUCAUAGCCUUGAUGUAAAUAACUCUAAACUAGUGGAACUUUGUCGACUCCAAAUAACUCAUUCCUCAUAACUCAUAACUCAUUUCCGGCAGGUUAACCUCUUAACUUUACAGUACAGUAGGUUGCAUUUCAUCAGUCCAUCAGCAGUUGAAACUAUGACACCCCCCUUAAAGACCUUAGUACAGAUAUUGAAUUAGAUUAUUUGGCAACACAGAAUGUGGACUGGGAAUGUUUUGAUCAUUGCAGCCGAGGUCAGCGGGGCCAAAGCACGGUACGUUUGACUGCUAAAUGAAGCCACAUUCAAUAUAGAGAAGCAAACCUCCCUAACUCUCUGACCUGUUGGUAUUUCUGCUAUGCAAUAUCAAUCCACUUCACACAAAAGAAGGAGAACCUGGAAAACGAAUGUGAAAUUCGAAUUAUACAACCUUCUCCAUAUAAAUUACUGUGCAGCAUAUGAUCAAUGCAAACAGUGCAGCGUGUCAUUAGAUGUGAAGGAUGUCUUUCCUGUGUGCCAACAAUGUCUGGAUUGAUUGUGUUGUACUAGUUCAUGUAAGACCCACAUGAGCAUCUUGGGAGAUAUAUAUUUUAGUUUUUCAAUACUGUAAUUGUACAUUUAUUGACAUAGCCAUGUAAUGUAGUGUUUACUAAGUGAGCAACUGUGUACAGUGUAAAAAAAAUUUAAAGAAUAAAAUUACAUAAACGAAUGUAAUCUGUG